AUGCCGACGACGGCGGCAGGCUUGGAGAACUCGUAUCGCAUCCGCGGCUGCAAUUCAGUGCAGUACAGCACUGUACAGUUUUGUGUGUGCUUGAUAUCGUCUUCACUGAAGACUCUUCAAGGAGGCCAUGUCCGGCUAUGGUGGAUAAGACCUCCUCCAGGUCCACCACCAUCGCAGAAGCUUGUGACUGCCAGUGAACUUUUGAAGUUGGACGAAAAUCAAAGAACCGAGUCCAAACUAGCUGUCGAAAUGGUGCAGUACCGUGGGCUGGUGAUGUUCUCCGCUGCUGGCACCGCACACAAAGUAAACCUACGCCGGGCAACGAGGCAACGAGAGGCGAAUCAUGUGCACUGGCUGCCCCCCGUCGCCCGGUCCCACCCGCGCGUGCACAUCCAAAUUGGAAAUCCGACGAGCGCCGAGACGACACAAAGGCAACUUGUAUGCAACACGUUGAAGUCGCCAAUGGCGCGUUGA